AAAGAAGGCGAUUGGACGGCGGCGGCGCUCUGGGGCGUAGCGUCGCCCGGGCCCCGCCCACCGCUGCCUUCCUCUGCUGGGCUCCGGAGCAGCUGAGGCCUGAGCGAGAGCCGACGGCGGGCGGGCGCAGCUGCUGCCAGAGCGCCGGCGCAUGCUGGUGGGCCACACACCUUUCCUCCUCUUCACUCGCGAGCCCUCGGACAUGGUGGCCCCCGGCUCUGUGACCAGCCGGCUGGGCUCGGUAUUCCCCUUCCUGCUAGUCCUGGUGGAUCUGCAGUACGAAGGUGCUGAAUGUGGAGUAAAUGCAGAUGUUGAGAAACAUCUUGAAUUGGGCAAGAAAUUACUUGCAGCUGGACAGCUAGCUGAUGCUUUAUCUCAGUUUCAUGCUGCCGUAGAUGGUGACCCUGAUAACUAUAUUGCUUAUUAUCGGAGGGCUACUGUCUUUUUAGCUAUGGGCAAAUCAAAAGCUGCACUUCCUGAUUUAACUAAAGUGAUUCAAUUGAAGAUGGACUUCACUGCAGCAAGAUUACAGAGAGGUCACUUAUUACUCAAACAAGGAAAACUUGAUGAAGCAGAAGAUGAUUUUAAAAAAGUGCUCAAAUCUAAUCCAAGUGAAAAUGAAGAAAAGGAAGCACAGUCUCAACUUAUAAAAUCUGAUGAAAUGCAGCGUUUGCGUUCACAAGCACUUAAUGCUUUUGGAAGUGGAGAUUAUACUGCUGCUAUAGCCUUCCUUGAUAAGAUUUUAGAGGUUUGUGUUUGGGAUGCAGAACUACGGGAACUUCGAGCUGAAUGUUUUAUAAAAGAAGGAGAACCUAGGAAAGCUAUAAGUGACUUAAAAGCUGCAUCAAAGUUGAAGAAUGAUAAUACUGAAGCGUUUUAUAAAAUAAGCACACUGUACUACCAACUAGGAGACCACGAACUGUCCCUCAGUGAAGUUCGGGAAUGUCUUAAACUUGACCAGGAUCAUAAAAGGUGUUUUGCACACUAUAAACAAGUAAAGAAACUUAAUAAGCUGAUUGAGUCAGCUGAAGGGCUCAUCAGAGAUGGCAGAUACACAGAUGCUACCAGCAAAUAUGAAUCUGUCAUGAAAACAGAGCCAAACAUUGCUGAAUAUACAAUUCGUUCUAAGGAGAGGAUUUGCCACUGCUUUUCUAAGGACGAGAAGCCUGUUGAAGCUAUUAGGGUUUGUUCUGAAGUUUUACAGAUGGAACCCGACAAUGUGAAUGCCCUGAAAGAUCGAGCAGAGGCCUAUUUGAUAGAGGAAAUGUACGAUGAAGCUAUUCAGGAUUAUGAAACUGCUCAGGAACACAAUGAAAAUGAUCAGCAGAUUCGAGAAGGUCUAGAGAAAGCACAAAGAUUAUUGAAACAGUCGCAGAAACGAGAUUAUUAUAAAAUCUUGGGAGUAAAAAGAAAUGCCAAAAAGCAAGAAAUCAUUAAAGCAUACCGAAAAUUAGCACUGCAGUGGCACCCAGAUAACUUCCAGAAUGAAGAAGAAAAGAAAAAAGCUGAGAAAAAGUUCAUUGACAUAGCAGCUGCUAAAGAAGUCCUCUCUGAUCCAGAAAUGAGAAAGAAGUUUGACGACGGAGAAGAUCCCUUGGAUGCAGAGAGCCAGCAAGGAGGCGGUGGCAACCCUUUCCACAGAAGCUGGAACUCAUGGCAAGGGUUCAAUCCCUUCAGCUCAGGCGGACCAUUUAGAUUUAAAUUCCACUUCAAUUAAACCAACUGUUUUUCUGCUCUUCUUCCUUAAUUUUUUUAAAGAUUAAAAACAAAGAAAUCUUGUUCCGGGACCCUAAUGAAAAAAAAUUUCAAAUCUUUCAGUUUGUCCAUGACCAAAGAGUUGCUUUAAUAGGAAAAAAUCUGUUCUUAUCCCUGUUAGAUUUAUGGUUAAUGGGUUUGCAACAGCAGGGAGGCAAGGAAUGGUUCUAUUUCUGACAGAGCAGCCUGCAUCUGCUUUAUGCUGUCUGGAGGGAAGUGGUCUGAGGCAGGCUCACCUGUGGAAGUGCUCACGUAUUCUGUAUUUUUCUACACUGGAGCUGAGAUUCUUCUCUUCACAGUCUUGCAGAGUAAGUCAGUGCCUACAAGUGUAAGGAGGAGCUGUAAUCUUCACAAGAAUGGUUAUGCUUCAGUAUUCUGAAAGAGAACAUGAACAUUUUUGAGCUGUAUGUUCUUAGGGACAACUGUGCUUCGAUAUGGUCAGUCUCGUCACUUGUGAGUAGCUGUGAAAUCUUUAGUGUGCAUGUGUUUACACCUCUGUGGUCUGUCAACAUGGCUGUCACUGAAGAAGGAGCAAGAGACCAUCUUUUAGGAACCCUGCCACCAAAUAAUAAUAUAUCCAGGCUUAGACUUUGGAUUAAUGUUAAAUGUACAUUUUUUUUGGUUCAGUACCUGAAGAAGAAUACUGAAACUUGAAUCUAUAAAUUCCUAUGGACCCUUUUAAUAUUAAACACAACAAAAGUUAUAGGUAAAAUAGGUUCAGAUAAAAUAGUGGUGGUAUUUAAAAUAAUAUUGCUGAAGUGCAGAUUGAAAUACUUUUUAAACAACUGAAGUUCUGAGUUUUUAUAGGGAAUUUCAUGUAACAAGACUGGUUUAGAAAUGUAAAGUUGCGCAGUCAAUGUAAAUAAAUACAGAACGCCAUGCUUCCCACUUUUAAGUAAAGACAGUGGGCAGCUUCUUUUUCUCCUUCUAUCAAGGCUUCCCCCUAUCUUAAAGGUCUGUGGCGCCUCCCACGUGGGACCUGUCUGCUGGUACGUGUUAAACAGCAGACCUGCCCUUCUACCAGAUCUUGAUGCCUCUGAUGUUCUCCUGCCUACAAGAAAACACAGGCAAGUUUAGUCAGGUCUGGCUAUAUUUCCACUGUUGUUUCAUUUAAUAAGAUGGCAUCUCCUCUUGAGAUAUGUUCUUCUUACCUUUUAAGAAGAUACUAUUUAAGAAGUGAACUAUUCAGUCUUUGUAUACUGAAUGCUUUUUCCCUAAAAAAUGUUAAUCAAGAAUAUUGAAUAUUUAUGGAACUCUCGAUGCUGCAUUUGAAAGCUGAAGGAAUUACUUUAGAUAGGAAUUGCUACCUUUAUUCCGGAAAGGUUUUGUUUCUGCCUCAAAGCAUUUUGAAGUGUUUUAACCAUUAAAGGGUCUAAUUUUUUUUCUUAAUAAAAUCAAGCAUUUUAAUUCACUGUGGGAGGCAUCCUGACCAUGGACAUCCAUAACAGCAAAGCACAAAUCGUUUUCGUCUGUAGUCAUAUCCUGAAACAUAGGUGGACAAAUUUUUAACUGAGAGACAAAAAUCACAUAGUUGUUGAAUUGAGCAGAACACUUAAGUGCUUUCUGCAUCUGUUUAGGAGUCUAUUUCUUACCAAUAAUUUCCAAGGCAUUUCUGUUUAUUUAGUAAUCUCACUACUGGCUAUGUCAGCAAUAUCUUUUUCAAUCUGGUUCCUUUUGUAUAUGAUGUCACUGUGACCUCUCUGAAAUAUAGUGAUGGCUUUUACCUACUUUGAAAAGAAUUUUCACAUAGAGUCAGGAAAAAAAGGAAAUAUCAAAUCACUUCCCUUUCCACUUGGAGAGCACGACAGUUGCCAACAACAAGGGGUCAAGGGCCGCACAGGAGAUAUGUUGGGUGCCUGGCUACCUCCCACCUGCUGCCCAGAGGCUUGUUGGCAUUUUCAUUUUUUCUCCGCUUGUAACAACCAUAGUUUCAGUUCCUACAUUCUUAUCAUGGAUUUAACUUAGUCAUCUUAACUGACGUGCAGUUACUCGCCUGUUUUCAGUGAAGAGAGAGAAGCAGCUCUGGUGCCACAUGCCGGUGCCAUGGAGGGAAAUGAAUUCUCUGCAAUCUGUUGUUUCGCUGAUUCAUGAAGAAAGUAACAACUGUUGAGUUUCAGCCUUGAUGGCCGUUGGCAGUUUUCUGGUGUCCACCCAAACGGAAAGACAGUCACUCCUGCUUCCCCUAACGUGUGACUGAGCAGCAGCCUGGGUGUGUAAAGAGAUAGUCAUUCCCCCUGCCUGUCUCACUGUAGGGUAGCAUUAUCCACUGUAAAACCGUACUACUUUCAUUUUCCCUUGGGGACUGCAGGUGCCAGGUAACCUUUUUUUUUUUUUUUUUUUUUUUUUUGAGACAGAGUCUUGCUCUGUUGCCCAGGCUGGAGUGCAGGGACACCUCCCGGGUUCAAACGAUUCUCCUGCCUCAGCCUCCAAAUAGCUGGGGCUAUAGGUGUGCACCACCAUGCCUGGCUAAUUUUUGUAUUUUUAGUAGAAAUGGGGUUUCACUGUGUUAGCCAGGAUGGUCUUGAUCUCCUGACCUUGUGAUCUGCCUGCCUUGACCUUCCAAAGUGCUGGGAUUACAGGCGUGAGCCACCGCACCUGGCCAUCAGGUAACCUUUAUGGCUCUUUCAGGAAAAGUGAAAUCAGAGAGGGGUACCCUAGCCACAGCUCUGUUGUAUUCUGCUCUUCUUUCCUUUUUGGUGAGCUCCAUGGGUGGAGUUAUCAGUAGUCUGUACUUUGUGGAUAUUUUGCCCAGCAGGAAGUAUUAGACACAUCAGUCUAGAAGCAUUGUGAAAAGGUUCCAAAACGGGAGACAAAAUUUAAUUCAUUCCUCAGUUCUGAAAGUUUGUGCUUUCUUACCAUGAAUAGAUGAAAACUUGAAAAAAAUCUUGACAGUUUACUAAUGUGAAUUGGAUGUAACAUACUGCUAAUUCUACAAGGCCUUUCUCUUUAGUCAGUAUUAAAAAUCUUCUUUAAAGUAUUGGUAUGAAAACAAAUUUUUGUUGCCCUGAUAAUGGAAUUUUAAAACUACCCACAGUUUUAGAGAAAACAUAACUGGGUAAAAAAGGUAGCCAAUAAAACCACAAUUUGAAAUUGAUACCAUUUUCUACUCACAAUGGAUGAUGAAAAAUUUCACCUUUAAAUGGGUCAGAAGUUGUCUUUGACAGACAUAUACCAUGAAAAAACUACAUAAAAUGGCUCCCUGGUGAGAUUACAGACACAGGGCCCUGGUGAUGGGUGUUGCAAAGUUUUCACUGAGCACACAGCAAUGGUAUCACCUAGAGAAGUUCACGCACCUUUGUUGAAUGUAGUUGACUUUUCCAAAUUUAUAAAGGAAGGAAGAAGGCAAAUGUUAAUUUGCUAACAACGAAUAUCCUUUUUCUAAAUCAGAUCAUUCCUUCUUUGUUAGUGGCAGUUUAUCCUGUAAUUUCAAAUGACGUUAAGAGGUGGGAUUAUUUGGGGUUUUUUUGUUUGUUUGUUUACAGAUGAUCUCAUUUGCUGAAUGAUUUAAGAGUAAAAUUAGCCACUGCGUGGCUUUGUAUAUAGUAACCAGUUUUGUUGCACUUGUCCGUGGCUGAAACACUUACCUGCAGUGGGAAGCCGAGCAAGGAGGAGGUAAACAUUGGAGAUGUUUGUGAAAAUGUUACUCUUACCGUGAGGUUUUAGUUUGUUUUAAAUAAGAAAAGACUAAGUAACUUAAUCCAUCUCAAUGUAGUGUUUUAAUAAAAAAGGAACCUAAUAUUUGAAAUGGGUCUCAGACAUGUCUACAAAUAUGGGUACUAUUUUUAUGCCCGUGUAUUUUCACAUUUAAUAAAAAUAUUUAUGGUCAUAUCAGUA